GGGCAACAUGGAUGUACGAAGUUACAAAUUGCUGUGUUUGAUAAUCGCCCUGUCAUUGUGUGAGGAAUUGGAUAGAAAACGGCAAGUUGUGCAAAGAGAAGUUGGAACAGUAAGACAAACAACCUCGGGGAAAUGUGAAAAUCGGCGUGGUUUGCUUGAAGUAGAUGAUUGCUACUGUGACGACUUGUGUAUUGGUAACGACGACUGCUGCGACGACUAUCGUACAUUUUGUGUUUUUGGGACAUGUGAAAAUAAAUGCGGCGUCACAGAAAUCCAAGAAUACUGCUUUUGUGAUUAUCACUGCGAAAGCGAAGAUGAUUGCUGCCCGGAUUACCAUAUGUUUUGUCCACAUCCGGAGAGUACAGAUGAACUUCGAAUGAUUACAUUCGAUGGUCGCGUUUAUACGUUUCAAGGUUUAUGUUGGUUUACCCUGUUUAAAGACUGCUCUUCCCCCGAACCUGACUUUGAAGUCUCCGCUAAGUUUCAACGUAGAGAAGAUGGCACCAAAACAGGAAUUGUCUCUUUUAACUUAACUGUUGGGCAUGAACACGUUACUGUUGAUAAGCUUGACGUGAUUACGAGAGAAGAGGGGCUUGUUGAUUCAGCAAGGGCAAUUCAUAUCCAGGAACUAGAGAACAUGGUGUUAUUGAAAUUCACAUCCAAGAAUACCACAUUCAACCUGGAGUGGAUUCCGAGAGAAUAUGCAUUGGAUGUCUGUUUCCAAGGGUAUACUAGUGAAUAUCAAGAUAAAAUAUGCGGUCUUAUGGGAAACGAUCAUAGUGACGAUCCUGGAUUUCACAAACCCGAUGGCAGUACUGUUGACGACGUUUUUGAGUUUGCAGAGAGUUGGCGAUUGGAAGACGAAACAUGUGACUAAGAAUGUGUUUCAAAGAAUGAUUUGACCACAGGACAGCAAUUCAACUAAUAUACAUUCAAACCAACGUGGCUUUGCGGGAUUCUAAUUAAUGCAUUACAUUUAUGUAAAUUGCUGGUUAUGGCUACGUCGAUUUGAUUAUAUCUCAGAGUCAAUUCAGUGCAAGAAGAAUAUGUUUUUUACUUUAAUGUUAAUGUUUUACA